AUGAGCUUGGUGAGCAUUGGUCGAAAAUGCCUUAAAAGUUUCCUCCAUUUACCACAUGAUGCUCAAGUUCAGUUGAGCCGAUUAACUACAGAUAUUCAUACCCCCACCACUAAAGUAGAAUCUGUAUAUUACAGUCUUCGUACUCCAUGCAUAAUGUUGAGGUUUCGAGCCCUCAAUCAGGAGUCUUCAGAUGAGAGUGAAGGAGAAGAGGAUGCUCCAACCAUUACUAGGGAAGCUCAGGAACAACAUGCCUUCAGUGAAUACCGUACGGCAUUGUCCUUACUCCGUGAGAAGAAAAUAGAAGAAGCUAAAAGUUUAUUAAAAGGAAUUUUAGAUGGUGACAUUCUUCCGGAGGUGGAUUUGGAAGAAUGUGCUGGGCAUCCUUUGUCUGUAUUGAAGUACUCUUGCCUAAAGAAUAUGGGUUCCAUUUUGGCUCAACAGGGUGAUUAUGAUAACUCUUUGGCACAUUACAUGCAAGCUGCCAAAUUGGAUUCGAAUGAUGUUAUGCUUUGGUACCAUCUGGGGUCAGUGGCUCUCAAGCUAAACCACUUGGAGCUAGCCCGAGAUGCGUUUUUGGAAGGUCUGAAUUACAGUCCAAAAAAUUGGGAGUGUUUAAAUAGCCUCAUUACAGUACUAUAUGUGUUGCAAGACUAUAUGACAUGCCUUGUAUUUAUCUCCCGUGCUUUUGAAUUAGAUUUCACAUUCAUCAAAGGUCAUACAAUCAGAGAUGCUAUAUUAGAAGAAUGCCCAUCGAUUUUAUCUGACAGUUAUUUGAAAGAAAUUGAUGUUGGUACUAAAGGCGUAAAGUGCGAUGCCAAAAUAUGUAAAGAAAUUCUUCAAGAAGUAGAAGAGUUGAAAACUGCAAGGCAACAAAAAGUUCACGAUGAUACAGUAAUUAAGUAUGUUCCUAUGGAUGAUCCUAUUAUCACUAUGUCCUGGAUUGCACUUGGAAAAAGUCUUCUCAAUCAACAUAAAGUGUUGGAGCAGAGAUUAGUGGCACCUCUGAAACUUCUCCAUGAUCCUGAAGAUACACCUUUGGUUAAAAAAGAAGUGCAAAAAGAAAUUGAAGCAAUUGAUAAUCAUUGCAAUGAGAAAGUUGUUGUUCCCGAAGCUAUACCACAUUCUGGCACAGAGAGUGAAAAUCAAGCAGAAGAAGUUGCAGAUUUUACUUCUGGGCAAGAAAACGAUGAUGGUAAGGGUCGGAAACGAAGACGGAAUUCUCUAUUGUAUGUCGCCCAAUGGAUGUGGGGUGAGAAAAGACGGUCAGCUCGAGUUCGUUCUACUGUUCGACGUGAAGCAGAACGAGAAGAGUGCAAUCUAGGAGAAACUUUGCAAAGAAUUUUGCCCCACACUCUCCUUCCAUCAACUGAAAAAAUUAAAGAUAUGGAUAUUAUGAAAUCAAAUGAUGAUUCAAUGGAUACAAUGGAUUUAUAUAAGCUAUUUGAAAAUCGUGAAAAUGCAGAAAGCCGUGAUGAAAAGAACCCUCAGCAGAAGGUAGAGAAUGAGCCUUCCUUAAAUGAAGAAGGAUAUUUUGGAACUCCAAGUGAAGAAUUAGAUGUGAAAAAUUUUUUAAAUAUGCAUAAUUAUCAAGAUAUCAUUGAAAUAAUGAGUUUUUUCUUACAAGAACUGUAUGAAAGAUGGCAGCUCACUUGGCCACAAGAACUCAUUUUCUUGUAUUUGGAAAUUUAUAAACUACUAAGACAGCAUGUUCCAUUUCCACAAGUCUUAUAUUCCUCAGAAACUGUUGAAUGGCUGCAAAAAGAUGGAUGGAUGACAUUGUUAUAUGAGGAAUUAGCUUUAGAUUGCUGGCUGAAUGAAAGGCUUAGUGAAAAGAAAACUGAGAGGUCUGUGGAACGAAGACCUGUCCCUAUUCAAGAAAUAGGUCAUCUUGAGUUGUUAUUAACAAGAUUUUCCUCUGACCAUUUAUUACAUACAAGAUUAUAUUGGUUGAAAGCUCAUGCUUACCUGAAUCAUGGUGAUAUUGAAACUGCUACAGGUUGUUUAGAUCCAUUAUUACGUUACUUGGAAAAUCUGAAUGAGAAGGAUACUGGAAGUAAAGUUGUUUUAAAAAAUUGUUCUCAUAAUAAUUUGAUUUCUAAAGAGAGUGUUCAACAACUACUUACAGCUUUAUUCAGGAAUCAGAACCUUUCAGAGGUGCAAUAUUUGUAUGAUGAAAAACGUUAUGAAGAACUUAUUGAAGUUCUAAAAGAAACCUUCAGUUAUUGCCAACAACCAGGUCUAGUAGCCAAUUACAACAAUUCUGGUAGUGAUUGCCCUGAUCGAGCUACCCAACUGGCAAUGUUAAUGGAUGCGCACUGGCAGUUGAAGCGUUAUCAGGAUUGUUUUCACUGGGGAGAGGCGUGUUGCAACGAAGCUUUACACAAAUAUUUGAACUCGGACGAAAAGGAGCAGCAGAAAUGGGCAACGAUUCUGGAAAAGCUGUUGUCUGGUAUGGAGUCAUGUGUUCGUAAAGCUGGCCUUGGUGUCGUUGAUGGGACACGAUUAUCAAGAUUGGCGCCAAAUCUCAUUCGCAUCAUGUGCCAUCAGCUUGAAUCUCCUGACACACUUAUUUCCAUGCCUAUCGAGUCCGUUAGUCCCUGGAUCCUUUUACAACAAAUCCUAGAGAGGGAAAAUGAGAAAGGGCGAGCUGUGACACCUGUUGAUGAUGAUGAUCUGCCUGCUUAUAUCAACAUUCUGUUUAUUGCACAUGAAUUUCUAUCCAGACGUUCCUGGUGUUGCAGUAAUGAAGGAGCACUUCUUCUUCAUGCAAUGGAUGUGGUCAUACCAAGGAUCCAUAAUCCAGAACUUCAAAGUGCAUACAAUAGAAUAGUGCAGGGCAUGGAACAAGUGAUCUUCUGUUUGUAUGGUCAUCCCAAUAAGAAGACUAAACUUCGAAGUCCUUUACAAGAUCAUGGAGUACCUCCUGUUAGACUUACCUGGGAGCAUGCUCUGAAGUUGUUUCAAUUCUAUUUACCAAAAGAGCUUCCUGAAUUUGAUUCCCACCGUGCUGUUUCUAUAACUGCUGAUGUGGAACUUAUUCUGAAAAGGAUUAUUGACCUUGUUCCUUCUGAGUGUAAUCCAGGUAUGAUGGUGAACAAAAUGAAUCAGUUUGUUGAAGGUCGUCUAGCACAGUUGCCAUGCCCUCCUGGAGGUUACAUUCCUUUACCUAGGCAAAUAUCUGCUGUAUAUUAUCUUCUUGCAGACUACUACUUUAAGAACAAUGAAUGGGCGAAGGCUAUACAACAUUACUUGCUGGAUGUAUGUGUCAAUCCUGUUCGUCUUGAUUCUUGGGCAGGCAUGGCUCUUGCUAGAGGUAGUCAGCUGGAGACCAAAUUAAAUUCUUGUGAAGUUUUGAAAAGUGAAGCAGAGUUUCUCAGACGAGCAGCUAGAGUUCAGCGCUGUUUCCAACAGUCUCUGAAAAUACAACCACGUCACUUAACAUUGUGGAUUGAAUAUGGUUCUUUUGCAUAUAUGGUUCAUUCAUUUUGUUCUCGCUUACUGAAGCAGGAAACAGAGUCUCUGAGUUUGGAAAUGUUUGAUCUUCUUGAAAAACAGAAGGAAGAAAUGUUAAAACAUGCAGUUGACUGCUUUGUAGCUGCUUUGAAGGUUUGGUAUGGUGCUGGGGAAAAUUCGGGUCUGCAAGAUGAACGAUGGUUAUAUCAUUACAUGUUAGGAAAGACUGCUGAAAAAUAUAACAAAAAACCAGAUGUGUACUUGGACCAUUACUUUAAGGCUAGUCAUUUCCUGCAUAUAAAUAAUGCAAGUUAUACAAGGAAAAUAAGCUACAAUAAUCCUCAGAAUUUGUCAGUUGAAGCUUUGGAGGUAUACUAUCGUAUUCACGCUUGCAUCUUAAAAUGGCUUGAACAAAGUGAAGGGAAGGCCCCAGAUCCAGCAAUGUAUGCGUUGUUUCAACGAUGUCUCCAAGCGGCUCAACAAGGUCCGUUCAUGUCCAGAAACUCCAAGGAUAUGGAAGGACAUUUGGACAGUGAUGAGGACAAGAGCUCUCUGUUUAAAACUGGAAAAUGGAUUCCUAAUUUUGAUGAAAAGGAUAUCAUUCCCAAAGAGGGUCAUAACAAGCGUUUAGAAGAUAUUAUCCGUGAUGUGAUGCAACCCACUAAUGAAUUCUUAGAUAAGGUUGAAGAAAAUGAAACAGAUGGCAAAAAUGACAUGAAGGACAGUGAAGAUGUGACAGAUACUCUAGCAUCAGAAGAAUCUGAUGAAUCUGGAAGUGUUACUAUGGAGUCAAGUCCAUACAGAAAGAGGGAUGUAAUGAGAAGUGAAUCUGUUGAGUUAAAACCUGAAACAAAAGAUGCUGAAGGCAAAAACAAUGUAAAAGAUAGAAUAGCUCCUGAAGUAUUGGCACCGAAUAAGGAGGAAACAUCUGCAGGGUCACAGGAUGUUACUAGUGAGGUGUCUGAUAAUGAUGAUUCAAGUAUGUCUGUGGAUGAAGAAAGUCAGGGUAAAGAAAUAGAUAAGGAAAAUGCUUCUCACGUGGAAGAUAGUCCAAAAGCAGUUGCUAAAUCUGAUUGUGCUGAAGAACUGACAUCUGUUCGCCGGAGCUCGCAGGAGAGUUCAACUACAGGAACAACUGAAACAAGUGCUGGAAAUUCAUCUAGCAGUAGCGAUGAUUCUUCAUCCAGUGAUGACUCUAGUGAAUCAGUUAGUAGUAGCAGUGAUUCAAGUGAAGAUGAAUCAGAGGGUAGCCAGUCUACAGAUGCAGCUACUGCAGUAGCUGCGAGUACUGAAAAAUCAAAAGAAAAAAAUCAAAAUGAGACUGCAGACUUGCCUCCAGACACGCCUGCCAAUGAUAAAUUGGCAGAUUCUGAUUGGGGAAAAGUGUAUGAGGAAUUAAUCCAGUGUUGUAUAGUUGGACUGGAAGAAUGUGUGCUUCGUUUUCCCCAGCACUAUAAAUCAUUGUAUAGACUCACUCAUUACUACUUCAGAAGUAAAAGUCAUCGUGAUGUUAAAAAAUGUCGUGAUCUACUUCUGGAGAGCUACUCUUGCUCAGCUGUUCCUAAUCGACCCUUAGGUGCUUGCUUCCAAGGUUUAUUUGCAGAACGCAAAAAUAACAACUUUUUCAAUGGGGUAUGGCGAAUUCCUGUCUCUGAAGUGGAUCGACCAGGAAAUUUUGCAUCUCAUAUGAGUCGUUGUGUAUCUCUCCUGAUGGAUGUUCUUAGAGAACUGAAAGAUCAUGGCAUGCUCCUUGAGCUGUGCCUACAGCUUCGUCGAACUCCUGAUCCAGACAAAAAGUACCUUAGAGAUUCAGAACGUGAGCAGUUAUCCCGCCAAGCUUUGUCUCUUGCUCUGCAAACUCUCCGCAACUGUAUUCAAGAAGGUGGAAUCACCAUACUUUUGGAUGUUUACAAAGCAUAUCAGCGUGUGCAGAAACAUUUGCCUGUCAAAGAAUCUAUAUUUGCAUCUCUUUUAGUAGAAGCCUAUAAGAAAACUGAGAAGGCCAAGAAUGCAGAAUUGGAGGAAGCAGUUUCGUUUUGUCAGCAUCAGCUUACUAUUCGACGAAAUUCUAAUCCUCUUAUUGCUGGUGGGAUUUCUAAUCAGUCUUCUUUUCCUUUACCAAUUCCUGAAACAUCAUCUGUGGGAUUUUUAGAAGCUUCAGCUCUCCUGGCUUCAUCAGUUGUGAAAUCAUUUUCUGUUACUCCUCCAAGCCGACCACGAGGGCGACCACCAUCUAUUUCCAAAACGAUGUCUCUUCCUUUUCAGGAAGAAAGUUCUUUCUUUGAAAGUUCUUCUAUAAAUGCACGGAGAGGUAUCAAUUGGUUAGAUGCACUAUCAAAGGGCAUGCAACAACAACAACAGGAAUUGCAGCAACUACAGUUACAACAACAACUCCAACAAUUUCAGCAGUUUCAACAGCAGCAGCAACAACAACACCUAGUGCAACAAAGGCAAAAACAAGAGCAAUGGCUUCAAGAUCAACGAUUCCAGGAACGACUUCAAGAACAAAAGCUGCAAGACCAAAGGCGUCAAGAGCAAAAGCUGCAAGAACAACUUCUCCAAGAACAAAAGCAAGAACAACUGCUCCAAGAACAAAAGUUGCAAGAACAACAACUUCAAGAGCAAAGGCUGCAGGAGCCACAACUUCAAGAGGAAAAGGUGCAGGAGCAAAAGAUGAAAAAACAAAAGUUGCAUGAUCAAAAUCUGCAAGAACAAAAACUUGAAGAGCAAAAGAUGAAAAAACAAAAGUUGCAAGAUCAAAAUCUGCAAGAACAAAAGCUUGAAGAGCAUAAGCUGCAGGAGCAAAAUAUGCAGGAACCAAAGAUGCAGGAGCAAAAGAUGCAGGAGCAAAAGUUGCAGGAGCAAAAGUUGCAAGAGCAAAAGUUGCAAGAGCAAAAGGUUCAAGAGCCAAAGGUUCAAGAGCCAAAGGUACAAGAGCCAAAGGUACAAGAGCCAAAGGUACAAGAACCAAAGGUACAAGAGCCAAAAGUACAAGAGCCAAAGGUACAAGAGCAAAAGCUGCAAGAGCAUAAGCAGCAAGAACAAAAGCAGCAAGAGCAAAAACCGCAAGAACAAAAGCUGCCAGAGCAACGGUUCCAGGACCAAAAACUGCAAGAGCAGCAAUUUAAAGAACAAAAGUUGCAAGAGUUGUGGCUUAAAGAGCAAAAGUUGCAGGAGCAGCAGCAUCAAGAACAAAAAGUACAGGAGAAAAUGCUACAAGAGCUACAACUUAAAGAGCAAAAGCUGCAAGAGCUACAGCGUAAAAAACAAAAGUUCCAGGACCAACAGCUUCAAGAACAAAAGCUGCAAGAGCAACGGCUUCAAGAACAAACUUCGCAGGAACAAAAGGCACUGGAACAAACGUUACUGGAGCUACGACAGAAAGAGCAAAGGAUGCAAGAGCUAAGACUUAAACAACAAAAGAUUCAGGAGCAGCGAAUUCAAGAACAGAAACUUCAGUGGCAGAAGGAUCAGUGUAGGGAAGAUAAACGCAAGCAGGAUCAAUGUGAGCAAGAUCAGUGCCAGAGAGAAAAGCUUCAACAAGAGCAACGACAAGAACUUUGGCAACAAAACAAACAUCAGGAACAGCGCAAAAAGCAACAACUGCAACAAGAGCAACGACCAGACAAGCAAAUACACCAUCAGCAACCUGAAUUGCCACGAGAACAAAUGCAACAAGGCCAGUCAUUUCAAGAAGCUUCUCAGCAGGAGACAAAACAAGAGCAGCACCAAAUUGCACACAUGAAACAAAUAUUGUUCCAGCAAGAACAAAAUCAACAGAAACAACAAUAUCAAAAACGUGAGCAGAAACCAAAACAAGAAGUGCGGCCACAGGAAAUGAAACAACGGGAGCAACAAAACUCACUGAAACAGCAGUCUCAAAAAGAAAAACAGGCGCAAAUACUACAAUUGCAGCAGCAACAGCAAGAACAAAUACUAGAGCAGCAACAGCAGCAUAAAUUACCGUCACCUCCACAACCACAUCAAAUUUCACAAUCACAAAUACCCCUGCCGCAACUACCACAACCAUAUCAUCAUGCUCAAUUCCGUCAAGAACAAGACCAAGGAACUGUUACUUCCAUUACAGUCCCAACAGCAACAAUUUCAACAACUGCAACAAUUACAACAGCAACUACUACAAUUGCAGCAACUUCAGCAGGAACAACAAAAGUUAUCUUUGAAUAA